UACGCGCUCUGGCACGGCAACGUAUGUAGCCGUUACGUCGUUCACCAUGUAUCCGUGUACCCGUUGACGAUCCACCGCGUCCCUGGCAGGGUACAUCCGCGCGCGAAUUACGGUUGUCUCGCGCGACUGGAUCGCUCUUUCGGCGCCUCUAGGAAGCGGAAUUGCAAAUAAAGGGUAAGAAAUAAGAGACUACAUAGCGAAAACGGCUCAGCAAAAUCACGGUGAAGAGAAAAUGAUCUAAAUUUUGGCGAAGCAAAUUUUAAAGGGCGACGCUAGUUAAUAUGCAAUCGCGUGCAUCGCAUCCGGCCCGACGCUGGCCGUAGACAACAUCGGAUAAACGUGCUCCAGUAGCGCGUUGCGAUGACGAGUGGCUUCCCUCCACAACGUGCGGUAAAUAAUCAGGCGAUCGAGGAUGACAGGCUCCUCGACAGUUAUCAUUGAUAUCGGUAUCAGCGCCGAUACGGCGACGAUCGGGAAGACAACGACGAAGGCGAUGUUAAUUACGAUUUUUCGGAUCGGUCUCACGUGUUUGCGCGCUGCUUAGAAUAUCGAUAUGACAUUUAGGUCUCGAACGGUCUCGUAAAAGACUAUCACGUUUAUAGAAAAUUUGCUGGAGAGUGCAGUGAGAGGGUACACAGAGCUUCAAACAGCCACCAGCUGAUCGUCGAUAAAUACAACGAGCGCGCGGCAUGUCCCUCAUCAAUUAACACCGCGUGUUCACAUCUCACGUUGAUAAUCUGUGGGUGAUCCCUUGGACUACAAUAGAGCGACCAAUUUGCAAAAUGGCAUGUCCAUUCUCUAGCAGACGCUUCAAACUAACUAACAGAGAUGAUAGCAGCAGGGAAGGGGACCAUCGCAGGAUCACGAGGAUCCGGCAGGACGAACGGGACAUUGAUGUCCUGCGACAAUCAUCGGUUCAAAUAACAUCGUCGCUUUUAGGAGAAGACGGUGACGACCUUGAGAACACACAGACACUUAAUCUGAAGCACCUAAGAGCCGCGGUGACCCUCUUGACUAACCCUUCGAACGAAGUGGUGGCUGUGGCACUAGAAGCUCUAUUAAAUAAACAUGAAAUACCUCUUCCAACGUCCACAACAUCGUCUUUAGAAAAACUUUUAAGUAACGUUGAAGAGGAGGAAAACUAUAAUUUACUGGAAGACAUUUACGAGACACUAAAUUACGAUUGUGACAUCGACGUGAACGCGUUUUUCGAUCAUCUCGGACAGGAGCUGAUCGCAUGGGCUUGCGUGGGUCUCUUAGAGCGGGCCUUUCGUUGCCUUGGAAACGAUCUGACCGCUUUCUUGACCACACUGGAUGGCGUAAACGACGUUGUCCAGCAUCAGUCGGGAUCGGAUACCGAGGCGGAAUUUGUGUGUAUCGCCACACCGGAAGCGCUGGAGCUACACUUUACCACCGACCAUCCUUCUAUCGCCUAUCUCCUGGUGGGCAGUUUGAAGGGCAUAGCCAGGCAGUUUUAUAGCGACAAAGCCGACGUAUAUAUACUGCCUGAUCCUUACAACACAAAAUUUUUUAGAUAUCGGAUUACUCCAGAGCGUUACAGCGAACAGUUGGGCGUAGACGACGACUGCGACGUAGUGUCAUCCACUUUCCGUCCACUCUCCACCGCAGCAACGGACCUUCGUAUGGGGGUAGCGAGCUUUUGCAAAGCGUUCCCAUGGCACUUCGUCGUCGAUCGUCAGUUGGAGCUCGUGCAACUCGGAGUCGGCUUUAUGAAGAUUUUUGGACACCACUUGAACCGGCUCGGCAGGGGGAUAUCGACGUAUUUCGUCUUCACACGACCCCACGGAGUCACUCUGACCUUUCACGAGAUCCUAAAGCGAGCGAAUACACCGUUUAUUCUGACCCUCCAGAGACCGCACGACGUCGAUAAAUAUCCUGCGGAGGGUUUGGAAAUGAAGGGUCAGAUGGUACACUGUCCAGAGUCAGACUCGAUUUUAUUCGUAAGCUCACCGUUUUUGAACGGUUUGGAGGGCUUAACGGGUCGAGGACUCUUCAUUUCUGAUAUCCCACUUCACGACGCUACAAGGGACGUUAUACUCGUUGGUGAACAAGCUAGGGCACAGGAUGGCUUAAGAAGACGUAUGGAUAAAUUGAAAAGUUCUAUAGAAGAAGCUAACCUGGCAGUCGAUGCGGAAAGAGAAAAGAAUGUCAGUCUCCUACAUCUUAUAUUUCCCCCGGAUAUUGCGAAACGUCUGUGGCUAGGAGAGACAAUCGAGGCAAAAACGUAUCCAGACGUCACGAUGCUGUUUAGCGACAUAGUCGGAUUUACAUCCAUUUGCGCUACAGCAACGCCAAUGAUGGUCAUCAACAUGCUUCAAAAUUUAUACGAGCAAUUUGAUCUUUACUGUGGUCAGUUGGAUGUGUAUAAGGUAGAGACAAUCGGCGAUGCCUACUGCGUUGCAUGCGGCCUUCAUCGAAAUACCAAUACACAUGCACAACAAAUUGCUUGGAUGGGCCUAAAGAUGAUACAAACGUGCUCUCAUCACCUGACUCACGAAGGCAAGCCAAUAAAGAUGCGCAUCGGCAUUCACACCGGGAUGGUGUUGGCAGGAAUCGUUGGUAAGAAAAUGCCAAGAUACUGUCUCUUUGGACAUAACGUCACGUUGGCGAAUAAAUUUGAAUCCACGAGCGAACCACUUCGUGUCAACGUCAGUCCAACUACGUACCUGUGCUUAACACAAAAAUCGGGAUUCAUAUUGGAACCGCGGACCAAGGACAAUCUACCCAAGGGAAUGCCAGCCAGUGUAUCGGGCACGUGUUACUUCCUGAAUGGGUAUCAGCAUAGCAGUGUCAAUGCGAGCGAACCUCUCGAUGUGCAUAUUCAGGCUGCAAUUACGGAACUCGGAAUUAGUAGCAAUAUGUAGAUACCUUCCGAUAUGGGGACGUUUACCGUUGAUCAGUGUGUUACUUUAACGAUAUUACCGUCGAUAAUAGCGAUGGCACACCCGACACUAUCAAAUCGAUCGAUGUAUAUGAGCUCUCAAAGCUGGCACUAAAGGUACAUUAAAAGCAUGGCGCUAAUUGUGUACGAACACAUUGAAAGAGAUCCUGUGCGGAUACUAUUUAUACGCAGAGCCUUAGAUUGUAAUCGUUAUAUACCUACUAAAUAUAAGA